UAAUGGAUCGUGUCAGCAGUCUACCAGACGAACUUCUUUAUCAGAUCUUGUUCUUACUUCCAACAAAGGAUGCUGCUGUGACUUCGCUGAAGUUGAGAAGCGAGCACUGUGUUGAUUGGUGGUGGUAUGGCGGAUUAAUGAGCUAUCCCUUUUCCUUACCAAUGCUUAAAAGUCUUGAUAUUGAUUCGGACUUGAUCUUUUGUGGUGAGAUUGAAGAGUUUAUCCCUUAUUUCCCUGUGCUUGAGGACUUACGGAUGGCUAACAUGGAGUGGGGAGAACCGGAUGUGACCGUGUCGAGUGCAAGCCUCAGAAAGCUAAGUCUCCACGGCACCGGUUGUGAAGAUUUUGUAAAUCCAAAGACGGUUUCUUUCGAUACUCCGAAUCUGCUUUUCUUGAGCUACUAUGAUUUAGUUGCGGAAGACUAUCCAUUAGUUAAUAUGGAGAAACUGGUUCAUGCUUCAAUCAGUCUUAUAGUAACUGAUGAUCAGGUCACGCGACUAAGAGAGCCAAAUAAUAAUCUGUUAGAGGAUGUUGAGAAUAACAACGACGGUGACGUUGUUCUCCAAUUUGGCAAUGUUGUGAAGCUCUUGAAUGGCCUACAAAACGUUCAGAAACUUUCUUUUAAUGCUGAUACUCUUGAGGUGCUUUCUCAAUGCUGUGAUUCGAUGCCUGUGUUCAACAACCUCAAGUUCUUAGGUGUUACGAGUGAAGAGGGUCGAGGAUGGCAAGCAAUGCCAGCUCUUCUAAGGAAUUGUCCACAUUUAGAAACUAUAAUCCUUCAGGGUCUAAUUCACUGUGUAACAGAUAACUGCGGGGAUGCUUGUCCCUGCAUCUCUCGGGAAGACAAAGGUCUUUCACUCAAGUCUUGUCCAGUGAAUAGGUUAGAGAUACAAGGCUUUCGAGCAACAAUGAAAGAGAUGGCCAUGAUAAAGCAUUUCUUGGACUAUUUUCUGUGUUUGAAGAGGCUGGACGUCUACAUUGAAGACAAUGAACCUACACAGCUCAGAAACCGUGAAUUGUCUGACUGUGUCUUGGAGAUGUUCGAACUCUACAACAAGUUGUCGCCGAGUUGCAAUGUCCAGCUCCUGGUUAGUGAUUACUUGGACAAGAAGUGGACUGCACAAGGACAUCAUAUCUAUGUGACACUGCAACAACUGCAAGCGACAAUGUCUACAUUAUUUAGCAUAAUAGCAUUAGAUGAUCAUCUCAGACAAAAUCUC